CUUGUAUUCGUCUGCUAAUAUAGUAACGACAUCGUUUUCUAUCGGCACAGCACAUAAAAAUUCCAACUAAGAAAACAAAAGUAGUUGAUCUCAUCAUUACAUUUCAAUCAAAUCUUUGUGGGGAUAUGAUUUGUUAUGAGUCUCAAUUAUACAAAAUGAAAACAUAAGAUCAAAGCAAAAGUCUCUUUUAUUGACAAUUCUUUAGUCUCUCACACACACUUGUUCUUAUAGAUUCAUCUGCUAUUUUCCCCUAAACUCAAGCCUUCAAUCUCGGCCCUGGACAUUCGGUAUUAUAUACAAUAUAUAUUAUCUCUCUAUUAUUAUUUUUUUCCUAUUCUUUCACUUUAAUAAGAACAACUACAAUCUCAAACACACAACAGAAGCUGAUUCUUGAUUUAACCAAGUGGAGAAUGGAGGGGAGGAAACUGAAUUUGUAUGCUCCAUUACCAUCUAUAAGACGGAUACCAUCUUUUAUAGAGCGUUCGAGUGAAUCAGAGAACAAGAAGACGACGAUUACAAGACCAGUGCUUAGAUCAUGUCCGAGUACAAAACAAGAAACGCCGGUUUUUGUAUUACCAGACCAGAGCUUCUAUAAUCUAACCGAAUCAGCUUCAGUUCCUUUUGUGUGGGAACAAAGCCCUGGAAAACCAAAAGAUGACAUGGCUACAUUGAUUCAAGAAUCAGGUUUAUUAGAGACCGAUGAAGAAGAAGAAGACGAAGAUGAAGAUUUGGAUACGGUUCCUUCAAAUGGAAGCUUCUCUGUUAACUGCAGCACAAGUGGAGUAAGCGAAAUCGAGAAGAAUGGUGAGAAGUCCGAAGGUGAUGAUGAGAAGAAAUCUAGAGAAAGUCUAGAUCUAAUGAUGUCCAGAUUCUUACCAGCUGCUAAAGCAAUGGCUCUUCAGAUACAUCAGAAACAUCAAUCUUCAUAUAACUCUUCAGAGCAGAAGCAAAUCACUCAGACGACCAGAGAAGCUCUUGUAAUCCGCCAAAGAAGUCAAUUAGUCUCAGAACAUGAACAUUUCGCCAUUGUUCAGAGCCUUUACGAUGAUUUAAACAUCGAUGAUGAUGAUGAUGAUGACGAAGAUGAUGAUGAUGAUUAUGGUCAUGGUGAUCACAAGAUCUAUCCAAAUGUUACCAAGAAAGCUUGCGGAUUCUUGCCAAGGCUUUGUGCUAAGAACUCAUUCAAGUUUCUAAACCCGGUUCCUUUGGAUUCAGUAUCAUCAAACCGGUCUAUGAAACACUCGUCGGGUGAACAAACCAGUUUACCAAACUGGUCAACUAGGCGUCUCUCCGGUUUUAUAUCUCCGUACCGAACCUCUUGUUCUGAUUCCGGUUUUCUCGGUACUCCGGAGAAACCAACAGAGAGCUUCAAAAGGCUAAACAGAGGAAUAAGCAAGUCUCAAGAACUGUAUCCGACAAGAACAAGAAGAGACUUGAUUCUUCCUAAUUAUUCAAACUCUGGUGAAAUCAGAACGUUUAGAAGCUCGGUCUCAACUCCUUCGAGGAACCAACGGACGACAAUUCCCGACUCGAGGUUUCUUGUGGAGGAAGUAAACAGAAGAAGGAACAACAACAGGUCAGGGAAUCUUCUCAAUACAUCGCCGGAAUGUACGCCGGCGAUUUCUCCUCCUCCGUUACCGGAAACUCCGUCUCGGUCUUGGCUCCGACGAACCCUCCUUCCGCCGGUGAACCCUAGACCAUACGGAGUCGUUUUAAGUCAAGUUCGUACCAAGAAACUAGAUCAAGAAGUUCUUGAAUCUACGAAAUGGGAGACGAUCGUUAAAACAUCGUACGUUCACAACGAUCACGCUCGUUAUUCUCAGGAGCUGAUUGUUCAUCCAUCGUCUCGCCAGAUAAAUACAUAAAACCAGACACAAUUACUUGUUCUUUUUUACGUUACAAUUAAAUUAAUAAAUAGUUUUAAGGUGUUUGCCUCUUCUUUUUCUUGUAGGCAACACAAAUGUACCCGAGAUUGUUUCUCUGUGUUUUAAUUCUUUUGUGUGUGUGUCAGUGUGUGUUAUAUAACUGUGGUUUCGUUUUUCCGACCGCAUGUUUUGUAAUUGAAGGAAUUUAUGUUAUUGAUG